CUGAGCUGGGAGCUCCGUUUUGGGCAUGGAUGCCUUCACCCCAGGGGGGGACAAGCAAGGAGGCAGCGCCGCUCGCUGCCUUCUCCUUCCUUUGGAGGGAUCAUUGGUGUCCAAAGGGCAUCCCGUGCUGCUGAAGGAGCCUCAUGUCCAUGUGUUUUCUCCCACAGCCUACCCAUGAGCUCGGACUUCCAGCAUUACAGUUUCAGGAUGCCGAACAUCGGGUUCCAGAACCUGCCUCUCAACAUAUACAUCGUGGUUUUCGGCACGGCCAUCUUCGUCUUCAUCCUCAGUUUGCUCUUCUGUUGCUACUUGAUCAGGCUCAGACAUCAGGCACACAAAGAGCUCUACGCCUACAAACAGGUUAUACUCAAGGAAAAGGUGAAGGAGCUGAACCUACACGAGAUCUGUGCUGUUUGCCUGGAGGAGUUCAAGCCCAAGGACGAGCUCGGGAUCUGUCCCUGCAAACAUGCCUUCCACAGAAAGUGCCUCAUCAAGUGGCUGGAGGUGCGCAAGGUCUGCCCGCUCUGCAACAUGCCGGUGCUGCAGCUGGCGCAGCUGCACAAGCAGCAGGACCCCGGCCCCCCCCAGGGCCCCCUGCCCGGGGCAGAGAACAUCGUAUAGCUCCAGCACCCCAUGGACCGCCCCACGGCACCCCCCCGGCCACCCCGGGACACCCGGAGCACCGAGGGACAAGCGGGGACAUGGGGGGCUCGGAGCACU